GUGAAGAGGAGGGUGAAGAAGGGGGGGGCUGUAAAGGUGGGGUGGGGGGAGGUGAGGGGAGGGGCCGGUGCCGCUGAGACCGGUGCUGCCGCGGAGCGGGGCCGCGGCUGGAGCCGCCGCCGAGGCCGAUGUCUCUAGCGAUGUCCCCAGUGGGGCCGGGCGCUGCCCCCCACCUGCUGCUGGCCCUGCUCUGCCUGCCCCCCAUCUAUGGGGCUCCCCACAGCGACGCCCCCCCCGUCUUGUCCCUCAACCUCGGCCUCAACUUCAAGAUCAAGGUGCGAAGUCGGCCCCCCCCCCGCCCCACAUCGCCCCCCCAGCCCCACAGCCUGUCCCCAUUGGGGUCAGGCUGGGACCCCGGUGACGAGACGGGCUCUGGGACGCCCCCAUUGGCAAUGGGGGGCUUUGGGGGCGUCCCCCCCCCAAAGGGGACCACCCCAUCUGAGAAGCACAAGGGGCUGGAGCUGGACAUCGCCAUUGACCUGACAGCGGGGCUGGACCCCAAAGUGGGGUCGUCCCCCCCCAGCCUCCUGCAGGGCCCCCCUAUGGCCGGGUCCCUGGCUCCUACGGUGCCCCCCAAGUUGAGCUUUGAGGCGCUGGGGGGGGGCAACGGCUCCUGGGGGCAGGAGGAGGGCGGCAGCGGCAGCACCGAGCCAGGUGAGGGUCCUGGGCGGGUGUUGGAGGGUCCGGGGGGGGGAUCCGGGGGAGUUCCUGCCCCGCCCACCCUCUCCUCCUCCCCCUGCCCCCCGCCGUCGCGGUGCCCCCCCCACCCGCGCGCCUCCCCCGCGCCUUUCUCGUGGCCCCCGCACUUCCUCCCCCCGCCCCGCAGCUGGGGCGCGGCCGCGGGCGCGUGGGGCCGGGCGUGGCCCGCGCACGUGUUCGGGGCGGGGGCGGUGUUCGCGGCGCUGGCGCUGCUGGGGCUCGCGCUGCUGCUGCGGGGGGGCGCGGGGCGCGCGGCGCGGCCGCGGGGGGCGCUGCUGGCGGUGGCGGGGGCCGCGCGCGCGCUCCCGCUGCUGCUGGACCCGUACGAGCGGCGGGGGCUGCUCCCCGCGCCCUGCGCGCGCCUCCUCUUCGAGCUGCCCUUCCCGUGCCUGGGCUGGGGGCUGGCGCGGGGCCUGGCGCGCCCCCUGCCGGCCGCGCUGGCGCUGCUGCACCUGGCGCUGGCGGCCGGCGCCGUGCUCGCGGUGGCGGGGCUGGGCCGCGCGGGGGCGCUGCUGCUGCUGCCGCGGGGCGGGUUCGUGGCGCUGGCGCUGGGGCUGGCGCUGGCGCUGCCCGCGGGGGGCGGCUGCCGCGGGGGGGCGCUCCUCGGGAGCGCCGUGGGGGUGCUGGGGGCGCUGGGCAGCGCCGUGCUGCAGGUGUACGGGGUGCUCGCGGCCGUGGGGUGGGCGGGAGCGGGGCCGCAGGGGCCCUGGGGGUGGUGGGGGCUGCAGCUGGGGUGCCGGGUGGCGGAGGUGGCCAUGGGGGGCACGGUGGCCGCCAUGGCCAUGGUCAAGCCGAUGUCGCAGCGGCGCCCCGCGGAGCAGCCGGAGGGGGGCGGCGAGGCGGGAGCCGGGGAUGCGGGGGGGGGACCCAGCGGUGGGGCACCCCCCGAGGCCACGGAGGGGGACGGGGACCCCACGGCCGGGUACCGGCCCCCGACGCCCAUCAACCUGCGGCGCAGCAUCGACGAGGCGCUGGGGGCGCGGCACGGGAUCGGCCGCGAUGUGCCCCCGACGCCCAUCAACCUGCGGCGCAGCAUCGACGAGGCGCUGGGGGCGCGGCACGGGAUCGGCCGCGAUGUGGGCGGGUUGGGCUGGAAUGGGCUGGGAACGGGGUGGAACAUGCUGGGAAUGGGGGGCAAUGGGGGCUCCAGGGUGGGGGGCAGCGGCAAGGCCACGGUCCCGAGUGUGGAAGGAACCCUGACGCCGAGUCUCGGGACAUCUGUGACGUUGUCGAGUCUUGGGGCAACCUUGACGUCGAGUCUCGAUGGGGUCCUGAGCUCUGGUCUUGACGCAACCUUGGUCUCGAGCCCUGGGACAGCCUUGGCCUCGAGCGUGGGUACAGCCACGACACCAAGCAUUGUGACAACCGUGACCUCAAGCCUUGGUACUACCAUGGCAGCAACUCUUGACCCAACCGUAACGACGACUCUUGGCCCAACCGUAACGACGACUCUUGGCCCAAACAUGACCCAAAGUCUCGGCGCAUCCGUGGCCCCAAGUCUUGGAGCAAGCACAGCAUCAAGUCUUAAUGCAACCGCAGCCUCAAGUCCCGGCACCACCAGCACACCUGCAGCCACCACAACCAGUGCACCGGUGCUCAGCACAACCAGCAAACCAGAGCUCAGCACCACACGCAUCGGCACAACCAUGGCCUCAAGUCUUGGCACAACCACGACAUCAAGUGUUGGUACCACUGUGACAUCAAGUACUGGCGCCACCAGCACACCAGGUCUUGAUACAGCCAUGGCCCCAGAUCUUGGUGCAACCACAACUCUUGGAGCAACCACAACCCCUGUUGGUACAACCAUGACAUCAAGUGUUGGUACAACCACAACCCCCAGUGUUGGUACCACCAUGACAUCAAAUGUUGGUACAACCACAACCCCCAGUGUUGGUACCACCAUGACAUCAAGUGUUGGUACAGCCACAACCCCAAGUGUUGGUGCAACCACAACCACCAGUGUUGGUACCACCAUGACUCUGGCUCUCAACACAACCAUGACCUCAAGCGUUGGCACAACCAUGACCCCAAGCGUUAGCUCAACCACAACCUCAAGCCUUGGCACGAGCAGCACACCAGCUCUUGGCACAACUGCAGCACCUCUUGGAGCACCCACGACCCCAAGUGUUGCCACAACCAUGGCCCCAAGUCCUGGCACCUCCACCACAGGACCCAGCCCCACCGGCAUCCCCGCCUUGCACUGCUCCUCCUCCGGCACUGGGGCCCUCGCGGUGUCCCCAGGGGUCCAGGACAGUGCCCUCCUGUCCCCACAGGGCAGUGACACCAUAGACUUGUAGGGGGGCAUCCCCAAACCCCCUCAUGGUGCUGGGGGCACCCAGUGGGGCUGGGACCCCCCCUCGGACCCCCAAGUGCUCUGGAGACCUCCCCAAGAGACCCCAUCUGCCCCCCAGGUCCCUGGGACCCCCCAUGUCCUUGAGACCCUCAAGUGCUGAUGACAACCUGGGACCCCUCCAAACACCCCCAAGGUCCCUGGG